AUGUUUGCAAUACUUCUUGCUGCAACGAUUAUUCUCGCUAGUUUUGCUGUUUUGGUCUGUGCUAAUAAAAGAGAUGCUGCGUUACCUCCCGGCCCUUGGAAUUUGCCGCUAAUAGGAUGUUUACACAAGUUGGAUCCAGAAAGAGCUUACGUGAAUUUGACCAAACUAGCCCAAAAAUAUGGACCGAUCUAUAGCAUCAGGUUGGGAAAAGUUAGUACGGUGGUUAUUUCUGACCAUAAACUGUUAAAAAAGGUUUUAAUGAAAGAUGAAGCUCUUGGAAGACCAUCACUCUAUUUUUUUGAUUACAUAUGUAGAGGCAAAGGAAUAACAUACAGCCAUAUAAAUGUAUGGAAAGAUCAGAGGAAAUUUAUUAGUGAUUUUUUACGAAGUGUAGGUGGCGCUAAAGUUUCAGCAAAAAAAGAAGCCUUAGAAAAUGAGAUCAGAAGAAGUGUUGAGGAAUUUGUAUAUGUAAGUUUAAAACUUAAUAGAUCUUAUGAAAAUAAACAUAAAAUCAAAAUAGGGGAGCAUCCUAUGCGUAUGUUUCAAUUGGUGAAAAGUUAUGAAGGUUCUGGUAUCUUGCUUGCUGAAGCUGUUACAAGCUAUGUAGGUACUGUCACCAGCACUUUAUUUCUAGGCAAAUCGUGCCCACACGAAAUUUACAAUUUGGAGGAGUUACGGUAUCUUAUACUAGACAUGUUUGGUGCUAGUACCGAAACUACCGUGACGUCGAUCUUGUGGACCGUCCUAUACUUAGCAAAGUACGAAGAUGUACAGGAGAAAGUGCGCCAAGAAUUGCUGUCUGUUCUUAAUGGGAAGACACCUCAGAUGGGAGAUUUAGAAAAUUUACCAUACACGGAAGCAACUCUAGCUGAAGUUGCUAGAAUUAGAACAACUGUAGCUAUGGGAGUACCUCACUUAGCCUUAGAAGAUAUUUAUGUCGAAAAUUUUAAAAUCCAGAAGAACACUAUGAUAAUGCCGCUGCUGUGGGCGAUUCAUAUGAAUCCAAACGUAUGGAACGAACCUGAAGAGUUUCGCCCAAGCAGAUUUCUGAACGACGAAAGAAAAUUUGUCCAGCCAGAAGAACUUCUUCCAUUUUCAGUUGGGAAACGAAUGUGUGUAGGUGAACAUUUAGCAAAGAUGCUAAUUUUUUUAUUUAUGGCUACAAUUUUACAAACGUUCAAAAUAGAAAGCUGCGAACCUGAAAUAGAUUUGUCUGCUGUUUGUGGAAUAACGUUAUUACCCAAACCACAAAAAGUGGUUUUUAAAAAUAUAGAUAAAUAG